CUACAGUGAGGGAGAGAGGCAGGGAGUAGAUAUUGAUCAAGCCCGCCUAGUCUCAAGAGAGACAGAAGCUGCAGAGGAAGAAACAACGUUGCUGGAAUGGAGUUGGGUCUUCUGUUGGUGAUGACUUUCACCUUAGUGGGAAGCACAACAGCGGUGCCCGAUCAAUACAGCAGAGCGGUGGACUGGCUGAGUAGGUAUGGCUACCUUCCUCCUCCUGACCCGCGCACGAGCAAACUGCAGACCAAAGAGGGGAUUGAGGAGGCCAUUCGUGUCAUGCAGAGAUUCGGAGGGAUCCAGGAAACUGGGAUAAUCGAUGAUGAAACCCUGAAGCUCAUGUCCACACCACGCUGCUCCCUCCCGGAUAUAGUAGGAGGUGAGGACAUGAGGAGGAGGAAGAGGAGGAGGAAGAGAUACGCUCUGUCAGGACUGAAGUGGCACAAGACAGAUCUCACAUGGAGUGUCCACAGCUACCCGAACCCUUCCAUCUCACCCAGACUCACCAACGAUGUGGUGGACAAUCUGAUGUUUUACGCCUUCAAAUCCUGGAGUGACGCGGCCCCCUUGAAUUUCCGUCGGCUGCAGGGCGACAGCAGCAGUGGGGCCACAGUCGGAGGAGACAUAAGAGUGUCUUUUGCCAGUUUGCUCCAUGAUGACGGGUACCCUUUUGACGGACAGGGCGGCACCCUGGCCCACGCCUUCUUUCCUGGCAGGGAUGAGGUGGCGGGUGACACACACUUUGAUGAUCAUGAGAUCUGGAGCUAUGGAGGUGACAGCAGCACCAUAGACUUGUUCACAGUUGCAGUGCAUGAGUUCGGCCACGCUCUGGGCCUGUCUCAUUCCUCCUCUGAUCCGUCCAUCAUGAGGCCGUACUACCAGGGUCCGGUGGGAGACAUUUUCAAGUUUAAGCUGCCUUCUGAUGACAGAAUGGCCAUCCAGGAGCUCUACGGUGUGAAGGAUGGCGGUCGUCCGGGUGGCGUUGAUCCUGACCUGCCCCGCCUGCCCAGUCCACCUCCACCAAAACCAACAAAGUACUCUGAUCCUUCGUUCCAUGAGCGCUGUCAGGGAGGCUUUGACGCAGUAGCAAACAUCAGAGGAGAGGUCUUCUUUUUUAAAGGUUCAAACUUCUGGAGGACUCAGCGAGACAGGUCUUUGGUGUCCCUAAAUCCAGCUCAGAUCAAAAACUUCUGGAGAGGCCUUCCGCCAGGGACAGAUAAGAUUGAUGCCGUGUAUGAGAGGAAGAGCGACAGCAGGAUCAUCUUCUUCAUUGGAUCUGAGUACUGGGUCUUUAAGGACACAGAGGCCAUGGCUGGCUACCCCCGGCCCCUCUCUGAGUGGGGCAUGAGGAGGAAGAACGGGCAGCUGGUGGACAGGGUGGACGCAGCCUUCGUCUGGGCCCACAACGGCAAGACCUACCUGUUCAGCGAAGGGGAGUACUGGAGGUUUGAUGAGAGCCGUAAAGGUGAACUGGUGACCAGGCAGCCAGAGUCGGGUUACCCACGAGAAAACAAGCUCUGGGGGGGGAUCCCCGUCCACAUGGAUGACAUCAUCAGCUGGGGAAAAGGAGAUGCCUACUUCUUCAAAGACAGCUCCUACUGGGUGCUCAUGAAAGGAGGACUGAACCAAGACAACGUCCCUCGCAAAUCCAUCGGAGAAGAUUGGCUCAGAUGUCCAGCUCCUCCUUCCACCGCCACAGCAGCAAAUCCUCGAUUCCCACAUGAAUGCCGCUGCGACUUACGGGGAUCCUCUUCAUCGCUGAGAAGCAGUUGGAUCCUCCUGAUCUUUGUUAUAUUAGUAAUCAGUGAGUUUUUUAGAGUUUAGAUUGUGUGUGACGACUCAGUGGCUGUUUUUGUACUUCUCCCCUCAUUCCACUGGAGGGUAACAGAGACUCUUAACGUCAGCAAACACUCACAGAACAUUACAGCCCACACACUGGUUUCACAUUACAUGCUAAUGCCAUAGAAAGCCUGAGUUAGAUGCCCACCUUAUGCUUUAACAUGAAGCUUCUGUUAGAUACUUUAUCUGAUCAGAACAUACUGCUGACCUGUUAAAAUAGUGGCCUCCGCAUCCUCUCUCCCUCCUGCUAUACAAUUUCACAAGUUCCUUUUUCUAGAGUAAGUAUUGGAUUACAUGGAGCCUGUGUAGGUGAAUGCAUGGAAAUGUAACACCCUCAUCCAGCACAAGGGCUACUCCCUCCAUAACUAGGUUGUAUACAACCCUCCCAUGUUUGGACGGGAAGCAGGCAACACAAACAGACUGCAAUAAUCAAUGUUUCUGCUGAAGCUAAUUUACUUAGAAUUAAUCAGAUAUUUGUGCACGUGUUUAUAUAUGUAUGUACAGUACAGAUAAAGAUAUGAUUUUGGUGAAUGAACCUAUGAUGUGAAAUGGUUAAAGGGACCUGAGCUUAGGUGUUGCUACAUUUUUAGAUUUUGGAAGUAUGAUUUCACAUGUGUUGUACACGCAACGUUUUUGUUCUUUUACACUGAAACCUGUUUAAAUUUGAUUAUUUGAAUUACAGAUUGGGCUAAAAGUGUCAUCACGUGUUGCUAUGAUGUUAAGGUAAAUCAUUUUGUGGUUAAAAUAAGUUUAAGCCAAGCUUUUCGGCCACAUGUAUACAGGUUUCAAACUGUUGCUGCAUGUAUGCAAGAAAAUCAACAAAUGGGACCAUUUAUUAGAAAAUAUUAUAAAAUCUCUUGAUGUUAA